AUGGACUAUAUUUCAAUAUUAUCAAAUAUAUUAAAGGUAAGUAAUAUGGACUAUAUUUCAAUAUUAUCAAAUGUAUUAAACGUAAAUAAUAUUGACUAUAUUUCAAUAUUAUCAAAUAUAUUAAAGGUAAGUAAUAUGGACUAUAUUUCAAUAUUAUCAAAUAUAUUAAAGGUAAGUAAUAUGGACUAUAUUUCAAUAUUAGCAAAUAUAUUAAAGGGGGGGAAGGUCUGGAUACACGUCUCGACUUGGAUGGAGACUGAGGGGUGGUUUGCUGGUGGUUGGCUAGUUCUUGGAUCACGUGGUGAAGAUUCAGAUGGUGUGGAAGGGGAAGACGAGUCUGAAAGUGAAAAGAGAAGGGGAGUGCCCUCUCUACGAGAGCGUUUACCUAUGUCUGCUGGACUAGGAGUAGGUGAACUUCGGGCUCGUUUAGGGGUUUGGUUCGGCAACGUAGUGGCUCUAGAUGGUGCAGGUGUAGUGUCCAUUUCAGUUGGUAGAGAUAUGGUUACUCUGGUUUUUGUUUCGUUGAUUGUUUGGUAG